CUCACACGUUUGUACCAACACACACAAAGCGCGUAUAGAAAAUUUUUUUCAACGUGCAUAAGUUUUUACGGAGCUGGAAGCUGCUGGAGCUGCAAAUAAACAGUAGAAAUCUUUGAAGCAGUUGUCAAACAAUUUAGUAAACUAAUAAGUCAGCAAUUGUGAGUUGAGAAUAAUAUUGUGCAUACGUCGAAAAGUGAGCAACUUUUUGUUUUGUGUUUGUGCCUAAUUCAUAAAUUUUUGUUCGUGGCUGCUCAGCAGUUGCAUUCUAUCAUUUUUUUUUGUUUGUAAAUAUAUUUUAUUGGUUCCCUUCGCGCACUACAAAAGAAGAAGAAUAAUAACAAGAAUAACUGCACUCGUGAAUAAAAAGUGCAAAACGCAUUGAAUUCAAAAUAUUACACUAGCUUCAGCAUACGGCUGUGUGUGUGCGUGUGCAUGUGCAUGUGCAUGUGUGAGUAGAAAACAACAACAACUACAACAACAACAACAACAACAACACCAGUAGCAGAAGAAGAGCAAGAGCAAGAGACUUACAAGAGGAAACAACAACAGCAGAGCUAACAUCAUGUCCAGUCUGCCACGCCGCAUCAUCAAGGAGACGCAACGCCUGAUGCUGGAGCCGGUGCCCGGCAUCAAUGCCAUACCCGAUGAGAAUAAUGCGCGCUAUUUCCAUGUGAUUGUCACCGGGCCGAACGAUUCACCGUUCGAGGGCGGCAUCUUUAAGCUGGAGCUGUUUCUGCCCGAAGACUAUCCGAUGUCGGCGCCCAAGGUGCGCUUCAUCACCAAGAUCUAUCAUCCGAACAUUGAUCGCUUGGGCCGCAUCUGUCUGGAUGUGCUGAAGGACAAGUGGAGUCCGGCCUUGCAGAUACGCACGAUUCUGUUGUCCAUUCAGGCGCUGCUCAGUGCCCCCAAUCCGGAUGAUCCGUUGGCCAACGAUGUCGCCGAAUUGUGGAAGGUCAACGAGGCGGAGGCCAUACGCAAUGCACGCGAAUGGACCCAGAAGUAUGCGGUCGAAGACUGAAGCGCAAUCGAUUGUGGGAUGGGGGUGCGGGCCAACGAAAGGGAACGGAACGGGAUGGGGGAAUGCGAACAAUGAACACGACGACGACGACGACGACGACGAAGGAGAAGGA